AUGCGUUGUUAUCACUCAAUGAUGAUUAGGUAUAAGACUGCGCAGGAUUGGCUCUCAAGGCAGCUCAAUGAUCCCUACGUGAAGAAGUCGAGAUACCACAACUACAGAGCUCGGAGUGCGUUCAAGUUGCUCGAAAUGGAUGAGAAAUACAAUCUUUUGAGACCCGGGAUGACAGUCAUCGAUUGUGGAGCUGCACCAGGGAGCUGGACACAGGUGUUGGUUCCCAAAGUCAAUGCGGAUCGUCGAUGUGAAGAUCAUCCAGUCGGGAAGGUCAUCUCGAUUGAUGUCGUGCCUUUCGAGCCGGUACCUCAUGCUAAUUGCUAUGGUGAGGUUGACUUCCUCGACGAUGACUCGGUGAAGCGGGUUUUGGAGGAUUUGGGGGCGGGUUGGAGCCUCUCAUGCGACCUCGUAGUAAGCGACAUGGCGCCGAAUGCAUCCGGAGUGGCGGCCAUCGACCACGAGAAGAUAACCGUUCUCUCGUAUGCGGCUCUUGUCUUCGCGCUGAAGACGCUGAAACCAGGAGGGGGCUUCAUCUGUAAAUUAUGGCACGGCUCGAGGACGCCAGAACUGAAGGCCGAUCUGAAAACUCAUUUCAACCAUGUACAUAUCGUGAAACCUGAUGCUUCGAGAGGCGAUUCCGCCGAGAUAUUUUUCGUCGCGGAGAGGUUCAGAGGCGUCAAAUGACUUCCGAUGGAGCUUACUUGCGGAUAGAGUCGUUGACAGUGUUCGGAAGCGGACUCUCAUGAAGAUUGAAUAAAAUGAGCUGUGUUUGUGAU